CAUCCCCUCACAACUGGAAUCGGAAGAGAGAGGGGGCUUUGGCUGGCCACCAGCGGUCCGUCAUCCGUCAUCGUCUUGGCUACGUCUUCACCAUAUUCUCCAUUCCCCCACACUGCACGGGACAGCACAGCGGAGAAGAGGAAGGAGAGCAGAGAUGACUGCGUCGGUGUCCUACGGGCUGCGAGCUCUUCCGACGUGGUCUAGCUCUGUGUCCGGUGACGACCACUGCUCGGCGCUGGCCAUGUCGGUGUCGGCGCGGCCGCGGUCGGCGCGGCCCCUUCGGACGCCCGCCAGGAUGGGCAAUGUAAACGAGGGCAAGGGCAUCUUCGCGCCCUUGGUGGUGGUGGUGCGCAACAUCGUUGGACGCAAGCGCUUCAACCAGCUCAGGGGCAAGGCCAUCGCGCUGCACUCCCAGGUGAUCACCGAGUUCUGCAAGACCAUCGGCGCUGACCCCAAGCAGAGGCAGGGCUUGAUCCGCCUCGCCAAGAAGAACGGAGAGAAGCUCGGAUUCCUUGCUUGACCUCACAAUCACCCCUUCCUUCUCCUACCCUUUUCUACUAGCAAAAGGCAAUCAUCAACCUACCUUUUCUACUAGCAAAAGGGAGUCAUCAACCGCUCUUCCAUCUUUCCUUGGAGUUGGGAGAUUGCAUGCAUGUAUGUAUACUAGUCGUAUAUCUUUUCUUCUCUUCUCUUCUCUUCUGGAGAGGGAGCAAUUACUUAAACCAACAUUGAGUUCAGUUAAAGUUCAUUUCAACCUGGAUGGAUGGACAAAUGAUGUAUAUAUCCUCUACUGAUGGCCUCAGCGGUAGAGUGUGUUAUACAUAGAGAUUGACUAUUCGUCACCCUGGAUGAAUAAUAGUUAUUCUUCACCCUCCUUUA